GCGGCUUCGCAGACAUCCUCCUCCCGGCUCGCCCCGCUCGCGCGCGGACAUCCUCUCCCAGGCCGAGGCCGACGACCCCGGCGUGCCCGCCUACGCAGUCGACCUCCUCGACGCGCUCGUCGCCAGCGAGCUGGACGUCUCCCUCCGCACACCGGCCUUCGCCCACGGGCCGCCCCGCGCACCCCGCCGCGCGCGCGCACGAGAGCGAGUCGUUCGGGACCGCCGCCGCGCGGAUCCUCGCAGACACCUCCCUCCCGCCCUCGCCGCGCGCGGGGUCCCCCGCGCCCUCGCGGUCGCCGGCACGCGACAGGAGCACGUCGGCGACCUCGAUGCCGCGUGGAUCAACGUGGCGAUCCCCCGCCCGCGCGCGAGCGCGUCCAAGGCGGGCGCGGGCCCGUCGAACGCGCAGAGGAUCCGGAGGAGCCUGCACCUCGGCGGGCUCGGCGCGUCCAAGUCGAACCCGAACAUGAAGGCGGCCGCCGCGGCGCACGCGCACGCGCACAGCAGGCUCGGCUCGGGCUCGCCCCUCCGGAGCGCGCUCGCGCAGACGUCCAGCUCGCUGUCGUCCGUCCCGGAGAGCCUGGCGUCGAGCACGUCGGACGACGAAGACGGCAACGGCAACGGCGACGGGAGGCGGAGGCGGAGAGGAGGGGGCGGGGAGGAGAAAGGCGGGCCGCGCGGAGGACGCGAGGAUGGCGGAGAUGGGCGCGGACCUGGACGAGAGCAGGUUUGGGGGAAGCGGAAGUGGAAGUGGACUGCUGCUUGGAUCAUUUUGGGACUUUGCUUGCGAAAUCUCACAUGCUACUACGACUACUCUCUUGCUUCAUUUGACGGGCUAUGCUGUGUCCUCGUUGAGUACGACAUUGACAACCAACACUAG